AUGGACAUCAGACAGGAGCCGCAGGAAACGCUUCGCGAAUACGUAGCCCGGUUCAAUACAAUCGCGUUAGACAUACCAGAGGCAGAAUCUCAAAUUAAGUGGUACGCCUUCGCUAGAGGGUUAAAGCAAGGCCCACUCUUCGAGGCACUCCAGAUCAAACCGCCUACCAGCUUCGAGGACAUCAUGACAAUAAUACCAGGGUAUCUUCAGCUGGAAGAUGCGAAAAUGGCAAGAAAAGCAGAUGCCGACAAACUCAAACCUAAAAAACAAGACAGCGCAGACACCGGGGAAAAAUACAUCACGAGGAACCCAUACCGAGGAUUACCUCCAAGAAUUCCAACAAUGGUCGUUGAGGCCGGAACCGAUCCAUUGAUCACGGCGCAGACAGAGAGGAGAGAGGAGCGCGGUGGUUACCGAGAUGAUCUACAAAAUCAGACUCAAUGGAAUCGUCACAUAGAUGAGAUUUUCCACCAAAUCAAGGGAGAGAAUUAUUUCAGAGCCCCAAAAGAUUACCACCCAGGAGCUCCAACACCAGGCAGGAAUAAUCUAUUGUGUGAAUAUCACAACCGUUAUGGCCAUCUCACCCGCGAAUGUGGACACUUGAAACAUCAGCUAGAAAUCUUAGUAAGGAAGAGGUUCCUGGACCAAUACAUAGAAAGGCCACGGGGCACAUACAGAGUGCGUCGCUAUGAUGAACAUAGGCGAGACAGAGACGAUGAACGGUGCAGACAUGACGAAGCCCGCCGCGGUUACGAUGACAGGGAUAGGAGGGACAGGCAUGAGGAGAUAAGGGAAAGAAGAGAUCAUAGACGAGACAGUCAGGAUAGACAUAACCCCGCAAAUCAUGUUCACUAUGACAGAGAAGUGCAUAUGAUCACAGGAGAAAACAAUAUACCAACAUCUAACAGGGCCAAAAAGCAAUUAGCUCGCACAGUCAGAUCCGGAUACUACGACCAAUCUGUCAUGGCAGUCAACACCGCGCCCGAUGAACCGACAAUAUCUUUUGGACCAAAGGAUGUUAGGCCUCUAUUCUAUCCUCAUGACGACGCCUUGAUAUUUUCGGCCAAUGUGGCUAACGUGCUGGUACAUCGCAUCUUUGUCGAUUCAGGCAGCGCUGUCAACAUCUUAUACCUGGAAUGCUGGUAG